UGUCGCAUUUUCUCGCUCGCAUGUGGAAUUCCAGUGUUUUCAACUACUUUUGUGGACAAAAUAGAACUCAAAAUAUGUGUUUACAAUGCGUGAAAUAGUAAUUCAUUAGUUUAAGUAUGGCGUAAAUAUUGUGAAACCUAAUACUCCAUGUUUGUUGACUGCAAACAAGUUGAAGUUCCAUUGUGGCAUAUCCCACUGUUUUGAACAUUAUGACGGGAAAACACUAACAAAUACAAUGACCGAAAAGGGAUACGAAGGUGAUCAAUCAUCUUCGUGGGAUAUUCCCGGUCCAUCAUCCCUAGCAGCUAUCCUGGACACUGUUUACACAUCAUCUGCUUCUGAUAAUCCUCCCAGAAAUGAGGAAAUGGAGUGUGAAGCUCUUUUUGCUGAGAGUGAUGAUGAAGUGGAAGUGCUCCCAACAUCUACAGAAGCACCACCCUCUGCUGCCGGCGUGGUGUCAUCCAAACCUGUCUCCUCCAACUAUGUCAAUUCUACUUCACCCACUCAGGCUUAUGAACUGAAUAUGACCUCAGUGGCACCACCAGGAUCUUCUCACACUCCUGUUCCUGAAGAAUACCAGCCAUUACCAGACAGUUCAAGUUCAUUAGAUUUUGCUCUUGGAAGGAAUAACUUGGAAAAUGGAAAUCUGACUGGCCAGAGAUUUGCUGAUGUUAAUAUCAGAUACCAACCUAAACCCGUGAACCAGAGAGGCUACUACUACCCUAAUUAUCAACCCUAUCCUGGGUCUGGUGUAAGGCCUGGUUUGGAAUAUGUAUUUGCCCCCUACCAUGCCAACAAUGUAAUAGUUCUUGGUGAUGAUAGAAACUAUGCACCACAUCCUAUUUCUUACAAUCUACCACAAGGGGAAGACAAUAGCUCUGUUGUUGCAAUGGAUUUUGAUUCUGUGCAGCCUCCCACAAUGCACAAUAAUCAUAUCAAUACCGCAGACCGAAAUCACUUGAGGAGUAACCAACCACAGGCACUGGAGAGGCCUAGUCGUAAGCUAAACAUAUCACCUAGAAGGAGACACUCAAGAGAGAAUGAAGGGACCAGUUCCAGUCUUAUUGAAGUCAGUUCAGACGAGGAAGACAAUAUUCCUGUACCCAGGAAAAGGCAAUGUAGCAGCAAUGGUGCCGGUCACCAGGGUAAUAGGUCUGAUGCUGAUGUGUCUGUUUCUAGAGGUAAUUGCAGUUAUCCUAAUGCUUCCUCUCCAAGGAUUGACAUCAAAAGAGAGCCACAUGACCACACUGAAGCCACUACUCAAGCAGCAGGUGACACCAACACUGAGAGUAAUGCAGUGGUACCUGAACUCCACAACUGUAACAGAAGGCAACAAAACAACCAUAGGGCUCACCAUAACUGUAACACAAACAACAACAUGCACAUAAAACAAGAAAACCACAGUUGUAACUGUGCAAACAGAAGCACCUGUGUUUGCAGAGCUCACCACGGCAGUACGUAUGCCCACAACCAUUCUAUUGUCAGUGAAUGUCAAAGGCACAGUCCCAACCACUUUAGUCAUCAAAAUGGAUCUCAUCACCACCACCACCACCACCAUUACCACCAUAGACUUUAUCGGCAGUGUUCCCAACAUCACGUAGCUAGCACCUCAAAUACGUCCUUGUCACAAGUUAAAGAGGAACCGGGAAUACAAGGCACAAUCAAGCAAGAAUCUGGACAGCCAUCUGAAGAACAACAACAGAACACAGAGGAGAGUGUGUCUGUACCCAUAUCUAGUGCUAUUGUCAAGGUUGAAGCAACAGACCAGGCUCGGGUGAAAAUUGAACCAGGGACGUCAAAUGGUCAAUCUCAUGAGAUUCCAGAACGAUCUCAGAGCGUCAUUGUCAAAACUGAGAGAGCUGAUGCAAGGUGUUGUGAUGUAAAUGCCGUGGGAGAUAGGAGGGUGAAAGUAAAAUCACCCCAACCUGGUACUAGUAUGGGGAGGACUACUCAAACAGAAGCCAGAACAAACAAUAACUGUGAUCAGGAAGUCCAAACCAACCCAGUACCAGCGGGAGUGCUGUCGGCCCCUGACCUGCAGCUGGAUUGGGUGUCUGACUCCAGUUCUGAUGAUGAUGUCCAAGUGCUUGGAGAAGACACUAAUCCUCGUGCAGUAAUAGAUCUCACAGCGUCGCCUGAGCGGCCGCAGGAGGAGGACGCGCCCCUGGCACUGGACGACCAGCCGGCUCUGCGCGCGUUGUUCCGCCACGUCAACACGCCCGUCUAUGUACAGCCGCCGCAACCGCCGCAGCCACCGCAGCAGCCGCAGCCACAGCCGCCGAAUGCGCACAUCAGCGGGACUCUAGACGACGACCAGCCAGCACUACGCGCGUUGUUCCGCCACGUCAACACGCCCGUCUAUGUGCAGCCGCCGCAACCGCCGCAGCCACCGCAGCCGCCGCAGCCGCAGCCGCCGAAUGCACACAUCGUACGCAGCCGGCCAACAGAAGGCAACUGCCUGGUGUCGUGCCGCGGCUGCUGCUGCACGCACCCGCACCACGCGCCGCACGCGCCGCCGGCGCACGGGGCGAGCGUGCACGGCGCGCCCGGCCACCACGGCUCGCACGCCUACACGCACACGCAGCCGCCGCCGCUCUACAACAUGUACAACCCGCCCGCGCCGCCUGCGCACAUGGGUGACCGGCGUGAGGUCAUGUCGAUCGCCCCGCCCUACAUCGUGCACGAACGGCUAUGGCAUCGCCAACACCACAUGCUCGAACUGCAGCGUCGCAGCACCAUGGGCAACGUGAGCGGCUACUCUUCCACCUACAACAUGCCGCCUCCUAGCUCGUUCCCAGAUGAGUUUGAGCCCCGAGACUUGAGGGCCAACCGCAACAACCCAGGGGGCGCACCUCCCGCACACAGGAUCCACGACGGGCAGUAUGUUCACCACCACCUACACCACUACAUGCAGAUGCACCAGGCGACGCCGCACCUGCACAUCUCCAUCCAGCCGAUGGGCUCGAGCGGCACCCUGGCGUCGGUAUUCAAUAUGGCGGCGGAGGCGGCGCACGCGGCGGAGCGUCGCGCGGCGGCUGCGCGGGGCGCUUCGCGGGCCGUCAUCGAACGGAAUACGUAUCGUCACGCCUACGCUGCGCCCGCGCCGCACCACCAAGACGAAAAGUGCACUAUAUGCCUCUCCGUGUUUGAGGUGCACUCGGAUUGCAGGCGACUCCCGUGCAUGCACCUUUUCCACAUGGAGUGCGUGGACCAGUGGCUCAGCACCAACAAGCACUGCCCCAUCUGCCGCGUGGACAUCGAGACGCAUCUCAACAAGGACGCCACGUUUUAAGCUCUUGCGCAGUUUCUGCUCGAGUUCAGGCGAGCUGACGAUGGCCUGUUGUUGCAACUCCAGGCUCUCCUGUUGGAGCUCGUGCGUCAACUGCUUCUGAGUGUUGCACGUCCUAGGGAGAGAGUGAACACAUUACUGCCAAUACUAUGUACAUAAAACGUUUUAACAUAAUAAUUAAAAGAUAUUAUUUUGUUUACUUUGUCAUUAGAAUUUUGUUACAUAUUAAAUAUACUUACUACAAUGUUUUAAGGUCAAAAGAAGUGACUAUUUGUUGAUUUUUAAUUAAUUAAUAAGAUUAUAUUAUGGUAUUAUCAAGCCUAAUUUUAUAAAAAUCAAUUUGUUAAUUUGAAUCUGACAUGAAAUGGAGUAAAAAAAUAGAAAACUUUUAAAAUGCUAGAUUUAAUAUUACAUUAUGCUUUAAUAAAUGUUUUUGAAAUACUUAAAA